UAAUAGAUAUAUAAUUAAUAGAUGAAAGAAGUUAAUUACAUAAAUUAGCCAUAUAUAUAAUCAGUCAAUUACUCAAUUAUAUGCCACAAAAGUAUUCCUUGUUAAGGAUAUUUCUAGUUUUACGUGCACUAGUGCAAAAUAAAUCAACUUCUAAGUUCGGUGGUAAACUAUUAAAUGCUUUUACACUGCGAAUGCAGAAUGCGUUGCGCCUAUAGUUUGUUGCUGCGAACUGUGCGUGUAGUACUGGUCGCUGUCUUAGACUGUUCUGAUUAGUGCGAAGAAGUAUUUUGCUGACUAAUUCGGGACAGUCGAUUGAUCCAUUUGCUACGUUAACCAAGAAACAAAUGUCAUUUAUAUUCCGUCUUAAAUCCAGUGGUAAGAAGUGGUAUCGCUUACGGCGGUGUUUAUAAUCAGUUGAAGAUUGCCUCGCCUUGUAGUCCAAGUACCGCAAGAAUUUUCUUUGGACAGAUUCAAUGCGAGAUUUGUAGACCUCAUACUGCGGGUUCCAGACUUGAGACACGUGCUCGAGGUGGCUGCGUACGAAGGAACAAUAAAGAACCUUCAUUGGUUUCAAGGAACGGAAGCUGGAACAUGAUCUAAUAAUAAAACCCAAGGCUUUUGAGGCCUUAUUUACAAUGGAUUCUAUAUGGUCGUCAAAAACAAGCUUACGUAGCCAUAGGACGUUUGACGUCUGUUUCGGCAAGUCAUAUGUGCAACUUUUUAUUUGUAAACAACAGAAAUAAUAGACAAGAUAUAGAAAUCAUAGACAAAAAUUAUAGAUAGAGAUAAUCAGUGAACCAAGUGAUACAUGGAAUUACAUAUAUUGCAGUGACUGCUAAAUAGUGCGUUUGUGGGCUGAAAUAGAACAAUAUAAAAAUCUGUUUUUUGACUUGUUUAUACGGCUACCCACCAAAAUCAACGAAAAAGUUAGACGUCAGUGACAGUACUGUUUACAUCCUUGCCAUAAGCAAAAUGAAACCCUGAGGUCUUGUCACGUCCAUACAGCGCCAUCUGUCUCGUCGUGCAAAGCAACCUAUUGAUUUGUGCGGUGAAUCUCCUGUCACACCAUCUAGUUUGUUCCCUCGGUACCACCUGUAAAACUAGUUCCUAGUAAUGCCGGGCGUCAAAUGCGGAGGUUGCGCGCGCUUUGCCUCAGCGCUAGAUGGCGCUAAGUGUGGCAAAUGCAACCUAUUCUACUGUAGAAUAUGUGCAGGGAUCCCUCCGAAUACCAGGGCUUCUUCUAAAUGGCGUUGUCUCGAGUGCAAAAAGAACGUUGCUAGGGACAACAGAAAUGAAACCCCGGUCAGAGGCACCGCGCAAAGCCCUCCUAGUGAUGUUGCAGGGAUAAUGACCAUAGCAGGCUCGCCAGAUGCAACAACAAGUUCCGUCGCAAGUCCUACGCCGUCUGAAGUGUCUAUUGCCUACGCUACCAUCAACAAGCAACCGCCAGCGCCUUGUAUGGACUUGCAGGUCAUACUUGUCGAGCUGAGGGCGGUCCGUGCGGAGAUACAGGUGUUCAGAAAAGAAAUGGAGGUGGAAAUGGCUGAACUAAAGACCACCUUAAACUCUUGCAGCACGCGCAUUGACGGCUUGGAAACAAGGGUGGAUGCCCUUGAAAAGCUCGCCACCUCUAGCCCCUCGAACUCGAACGUGGAUGGGAUAGUGGAGGACCUAAUGCGAGAACUCAACGACAGAGAUCAGGAUCUGCUCGCCAACGACAUCGAGGUGUCUAACCUACCGGAGGGAAAGGCGGAAAACCCUGCCCAUAUAUUUAAGGUCAUCGGCCACAAGCUCGGGAUCAGCCUAGACGACCGCGAUAUUGUUAGUGCAGAGCGCGACGCACAGUGUCUAUCGUAUAAACACAUAAACUAUGCUUGGCCACAACUAAGCCUAUAUUACAUACUGUGCGACGGUGGGAGGCAGCUGAACGUGACUAAUUCAGCGGGUCCAGCUGAAUCUCGUCCACGGCCAAUCGUCGUGCCCCUCGCUCGCCGGGACCUGCGUGACCAGCUUCUAGACAGCGCGCGAGCCCGGCGCGGGGCGACCACUGCAGACCUCGACUUGCCCGCACCAGUGCAGCGGUUCUUCCUGAACGAGCGGUUGACGAAACCCAACCGCUUGUUAUUUCGUAAGGCGCGUGACGCCGCGAAUGCUCUCGGUUGGAAGUUCUUCUGAACCAAGCGGGGCCGCAUCCUCGUCAGGAAGGCUCCGGGCGACAAGGCGUAGAGGAUUCGCACAGAGGAGGACUUAUC